ACUCCGCAGUAUCCAACAGUGGGAAUAUAAAUAUGUAUGCUUCAAAAAAUAUCUAUUCGUAUUCGUGAAAUUUCCGGUAAUCAGUGAACUUUUAAAGACAUCAACUAUAGAAGAUGCCUCCGAAGCAGCCGAAACACAAGACCAAGUUCAACGCGGUAGAUUUGGUAUCGCAUUACAAAAAUAUGGUGACUUCUGAUGAAAAGCUGAGCAUGAGUGAGAACGCAGCCAUGUUUGAAGAAUACUGCCGGUUCAUCGAAGACGAAUACGGCCUCGUUGGCAAGAUCGUGACGCAUCGAGUGAGAAAAGAUACUGCGUUUUACUUGGAAGCACUCGAAAGGUAUGGAAAGACAAAAGAAGACGAACAAACCGCUGAAAAUUUACUGACGUUGACGUCUGAGAACAAGAACGACGCCAAGUUUCACACCGAACUUUGCCAUCGCCUCGCCGUCUUACUAUCCUUCUUC